UAGCUAUAAACACUUAUCUCUUCUUUCACAUGUAUGUGUGAGUGUAGUGUGUGUACAUGAGCCGGUGACCCUUUGAUGUCGCCGGUCGGAAAAUGUCACCAGCGGGUAUAUUUGGCAGUGAUGGUGAGUCUUAUCCGGUGGCGCUGGCAUCCCAUGACGACCUCGUUAAAGACUCUUCUCUCUUCUGGGAAACCCUCCAGAGCUUUCACCGCUUCAUGGGCACCCCACUUAUAUCACAGGGUUCCAGUGAUAGGAGGAAAGGAGCUGAAUUUGCAUGUCCUGUACACAGAGGUCACCAAGAGGGGUGGUUUUGACAAGGUUGUAAGAUUAAAAAAAUGGAGGGAAGUUAGUGAAAUUUUCGGAUUCUCCACAACGACAACAAGUGCUUCCUAUGCAUUAAGGAAACGUUACAUGAAAUUCUUGUAUCACUAUGAAAUCGUUUACUUUUUGUCAUCGAAAUCAUCCACACACUCAGACUCAGGUGGUUUUAUAACUCUGGAAGCUACGGGGAUAAUUGAUAACAAGUUUGAAUACGGUUAUUUAGUGAGAAUGAAGUUGGAUUCAGAGAUCCUCCAUGGAGUACUUUAUCAUCCACAACACAAGAAUGUCAUCAUUCCAAACAUGGACUUGACUACUUCAAGGAAAAGAAGAAAUCGGAGAAAAAGUGGAGACCCGACCCGACCCAAAACUAAUAGAAGCGGUUACAAUUUCUUCUUUGCAGAAAAGCAUGCCGAGUUGAAGUCAAAAUAUCCCGACAGGGAAAGAGAGUUCACAAAGAUGAUUGGCGACUCUUGGAACAACCUUUCGCCAGAAGAUAAAAGCGUUUAUCAGAAGCAAGGAUUGGAGGAUAAGGAGAGGUAUCAAAGGGAAAUGGCUGAAUACAAAGAAAGAGCUAAACACUUGAAUGUUGAAUAUGACUUGAGGUUGAUGGAGUAA